AAACAGUACUCCAGGAACAUGAAAAGAUCGGAUGACAGUGAGAGGGAAAAGAGGAGAAAGAGACGUAGGCUCUUGCAGGAGUUGGGGGAGCAGCGAAUUCCCUUCCUUUCGCCGUCGGACGCCGGCUUCCAGCAGUUAUGGGAGUCCAGCUACGCGGGUCUGACCGUGCGGAAGGCGGGUGCCCUGCCUGGAGACCUGCACGAGCGCGUGCAGUCGGCCCUGAGCACGCUGCUCCAACGAGGCUGUCUACUGCGGGACCUGGUGCGCGUGCGGGACCGCGACGUCUUCACAGCCGUCUCCCGUGCCCUGGUGGGGCAGCCGGGCUGCACGUACCGCUACCUGGACACACGUCUCUUCACCAUCCCGUGGCACUGCGGCGACGGGGACGAGAGCUGUCCGCCCGCGACCCCGACGCCGAUCCCGACCCCGCCGGUGCCUGACGGCGGGCCGUGCUGCGACACGGACCUGCGGGUGGCCUGCAAGGCCUUGUGGGAGCUCAACCGAUUCUUCUGCGUCGACAUCCAGCGGCACAACAACUCGCGGCGAGGAGGCGGGACCGCCGGCGAGGGGUCGGACAAAAGAGGCGGGUCCGGGCCGGCCGGGGAGGCGACCGCUUCCGGGGGCGGAGCCGAGGACAGGGUGCUCGAGGAAAAGGAGCAGAGGGCGGAGAAAGAGGAGCUGAAGCAGGAACCCUACUAUGGCAUGGGCAAGAUGGCUGUGGGUUGGCACCACGAUGAGAACCUCGUGCCGCUCUCGCCGCUGGCCGUCUACAGCUACAGCUGCCCGGGAGAGACCAAGACUGAAGCGAUGAUGGAGGAGAAAGAGCAGACUUCAAAAGAAGGGGACAAAAAAGAAGAGGAGGUGGAGGGGAGGCGCGCCGAGGAGCAGGGAGCUGGCGAGGAGGGCCCAAGUAAGGAGGAGGGAGAGACUGAGGAGGCGUGCUGGCGUGUGGGGCUGAAGGUGGCCUGGGACAUACACACGCCAGGCCUGGCCCUGCCGCUGCAGUCAGGAGACUGCUAUUACAUGACGGAUGAUCUAAACAGGACACACCAGCAUUGUGUGCUGGCCGGAGAAACGGCUCGAUUCAGCUCUACACACAGAGUGGCCCAGUGUUCCACAGGUACAUUGGAGUACAUUCAGAGGCGCUGCUCAGAGGCUCUGGAAAACUUGCACACGGACCCAGAGAGCGGUGCCAAGAGCCUGAGAUCCCUCAUCUUGUCCACCCUACAGCACAUAGAGGACAUCCACAACGAGGUGGAGUUUGAGUGGCUUCGUCAGUACUGGUUCCAGGGACGCCGCUACGCCCGUUUCUGCAGCUGGUGGAGCAAGCCCAUGGAGCGUCUGGAGGCAGACUGGAAGCAGAUGGAGAGAAUGACUGAGCUGCUGCUGGCACUGGUGGAGGAUGAGAGCAGCGUGCAGGAGAACAGGCGGGAGAUGGCUGAGACCCUGCUGAAUGCCCUCACGGACAGACAACAGCACAGACAGACCUGGAGGGACAGGUGCCAGUCAAACCUGGCACAGACUUUGCCGCCUGAGGAGGCGCCCAUCGACAGACCAUACUGGAGCGGUGACGACCCUGACAUGCCCCUGCCCUUUGACCUCUCUGACAUCAUCAGCCGUGUGGAAUCCCUCCUCUGGAGGAUGUGAGGUCCCCAUCUGAGAGGAUGACACAGAGGAGAAUGGCCGAGGUACCUUGAACGAAAAAGUCGCAGCUGACUCGACAACUGGAUAACAAACACAACACACACACACAAACCACCAGACUCCAACAUGGAACGGAUGGACGGGUGAACGGUUGGCUCGACUGAUGUGCAUCGUGGGUAAAACCUAAACGUCACCUCCCAGUCCUCUUCCCAUCGCUUCUUUUUAAGUCUACAGUGUUCUAACGGAAUUGCAUAGUAACCCUUUCUGCAGUAGCGUAGUCAUCCAUCCCUGGAUGUUUUUAUCAAUCCGUGUAUCCUAUGUUAACAGGCCUUGUCUAACGUUCGCCACAUAUACAGCGUACACAUUAUGCUUGAAAAAUGCACCCCCGCUAGCUGUCUGCUGAGCUUCUAAGAGAGCGACUAGGUUAGGAUCCUAGCAACCAGGAUAUAAGGUCAAGGGCCAAGACUUAUGAGGUCAUUAGGUGUCAUAUGUGUGCUGUAGUCUUUAGUCAUGUGUGUCAGUAUUGUGUGUUUGUUCUUGUGUCUGAAUGUUUGCCCUCUCACUGCGUAUAUGAUUUAGUGUGUGUGUGUGUGUGUGUGUGUGUGUGUGUGUGUGUGUGUGUGUGUGUGUGUGCGCGUGUGUGCGAGUGUGCGUGCGUGUGUACGCGCAGUUAUGCGUUUGUUUGUCUGUGCAUGCCUGAAUGUGCAUUUGAGAACUGGAUGGUUUGUUAUUUGUUUGUGUGUUUGUAUUCUUGCCGUUGUGUGGAGUUUUAUGUGUAAGUGGGUGAGGAUGUACUGAGUCUUUUAUUUGCUGUAAAUCUGUGCCCACAUGGAAUGUCCUGGUUGCUCAUUUAGAAAUCAAAGGUUUACUGUCUUUUUUGUAUGAAAGCUCUAAUCAUAACGUAUUUGAUUCUCCCCCUGAGAUGUUUGAAAAAGCAGAUUGUCUCCGAGUAUUAAAUCUGUCAUGAGAUGCUGCAUUGCAAGUCAUGUGAACAUAACUUAAAGGCGUGUGCGUGUGAGGGCGAGCGCGUGUGCACGUUCAUGUAUAUGUUUGGGUGCGCGUGUCCUUGUGCCCUUGCUACCGUGCGGGCGCGAGCACGCGUUCUCCCGACGGUAGCGUUAAGAGGCCGCUCUGCCUGCACCCAUCCCCGCGUGCUUUGCGUAGCGCUACCAGCUGGCCGGCGUCGGACGCCUCGUUAUUCAGUGGGCUCCUCUGUCUCUACCCUGCUGUCGACUGGAGCAGGAACGCGCCAUCGUCUCCAAACAGCUGCGAUGUCGAGGGGACGGGAUGCAAUGAAACCACAGUUAAACAAAUGAAGGAUGAAAUCAAGAGCGCUACACGCGCGGCGCACUAGAAACUCUGAAGGAAAUGAACGAAUAAACAGCCGAGCUGACUUCUGCUGAUGGGCUGGUUUGGGGUUUUCUUGUGUCGUCAGUGUUCCGGUAGAAGACGUGUGUUAGCACAUGCAGUGUGUGUUUUAUACUUUUCGGGUUAUAGAGAUGCUAAGAGUUGCUACAUAAAUGCUGUAUUGUUUGUAUUUUUAACAGUGUUUAUUGUCUCUCUGCGUUGAUCCAGAGAUUUUUCCCCCCUUUUUGCGCUCCAAGCCUGCUGCGUUUCUGAAAGCAUUGUGUGUGUGUGUGCAAAGCACUAGCUAUAAUAGACAAUAAAAGACUAUGCUGUUUUCUCCCUG